AUGUUGUACGCGCUGCUGUGUGCGUUGUGUGUGUGCACGGUGCACGCACACCAACACAAACAUGAUACAGAGUCAGCAGAAGUGAAGCCGGCCGCGCCACUGACGCACAGCGUGUCGGGCACGUUCCGCGGCUCGUGGAUGGAGACCCGCCGCGGGAGACGCUUCCAGGCCUACCGCGGAAUACGAUAUGCAGAGCCACCUGUCGGAGCACUGAGGUUCCAGCCACCGAAGUUGAAGUUGCAGUACGAAGGUGUAGUGGACGCGAGCGAGGAGGGCCCAGCCUGUCCUCUGCCGGCGCCUCCCACCUACUACGUUGCCGAGGACUGCCUCACUGUCAACGUCUACACGCCGAUACUCAACAGCACCAAACCGCUCCCCGUGAUCUUCUUCAUCCACCCCGGCGGGUUCUACGCGAUGACAGGUCGUAGUGAUUUGGCCGGUCCUCACUACCUGCUGGAUAGAGAUGUUGUCCUCGUUACCAUCAACUACAGGAUUGGAUCUUUAGGUUUCAUGAGUACUGGUGAUGCUUACGCUCCCGGUAACAACGGCAUGAAAGACCAAGUAGCUGCCCUCAAGUGGGUGCAGAGGAACAUUGCAGCGUUCGGCGGUGACCCGAACCUCGUCACGAUCACAGGCUGCAGUGCCGGCUCCAUCAGUGUCAUCUUGCAUAUGAUCUCGCCCAUGGCGAAAGGUCUCUUCCAUCGCGGUAUAGCAAUGAGUGCGUCUCCUGUGAGCAAAGAAGUGGAAGCUAUAACUCAUCAGCGACACCUCGCAGUACGCCAGGCACAGAUCCUCAACUGCCCGACAGACAACUCGUCCGUCAUCGUCGACUGUCUCAUGACCAAGCCUUGGAAGGAGCUCGGAGAUUCUCUGCCUAAAUUCUGGGAGUUUGGUGAAGGUGACCCAGUGGGUCUUUGGGGUCCAGUAGUAGAGCCAGAUUUUGGGCAGGAGCGAUACCUCCCUAUCAAUCCAUUAGUUGCCAUUAAAGAAGGUAAAAUGCACACGGUACCCCUCAUCGUGAGCCAGACUACUGACGAGUUUUUCUGGAAAGCAUUCCCGGUCUUACAAAACGAAACGCUUUUGAAGACAAUGAAUGAAGAGUGGGAGAGGGUUGCUCCAAUUUCGUUCAUACUACCGAAGAAGAACCGUGCCGCAGCGGUACAGAAACUUAAAGAGGUGUACCUGAAGGGGAAGAAGUUGACUAAUGACAAACAAAGUGAGAAGGCUCUCGGACAACUUUAUGGAGACUCCGUCGUUGGGUUUGGGGUGCACAGGCUAGCUAACCUAAUGUGUCGUCACUCCAAGCAUCCAGUGUGGUACUCAGAAUUCGCGUACAUCGGGAACAAUUCCCACUAUGAGGACUCUCACGGCAAACCACAAGGAGCGGCGCACCACGACGACCUGCUGUACCUGUUCACGCUGAGCUACCGGUUCCCCGUGAUCUCGCUGGACAGCAAGCACUCGCACGUCGUCGACGAGAUGACGGCGCUCUGGUACAACUUCGCCAGAUACGGAGACCCGAACCCGCGCGGUGACACGCCGGAGCUGGGCAAGCUGACGUGGCCCGCCAUGACCGCGGCGGACAGGAGGUACCUGCGCCGCGGACAACAGCUAGAGGUGCGACAGAACAUGUUCGAGGACCGGUACAAGAUUUGGGACGACUUGUACCCCAUACAGUACUGA